AGUUCAUGACAGUACACCUCACGUCUUGUUGGUGCAUCGUGCGCGCGGGGCGCGGCCUCGUGGCACGGGGCGUACAGGGCAAGGUGCACUUCUCUUUCUCACACAUCCCCGCCGCUCCAGGCAGCUCAGCUCCGGGUGGAAAACACUGACGAAGAAGCAAAAUGACGAGUCUGGAUCCGCUGAAGUCCGUCAUCUCCAUCGGGAACGUGGACGACACGUCUCUCGCGGUCCCCUCCGAGAACCAGUGCAGCUCCGGGAACCAGCGCGUCCUGGAACAAGUGCAGUCUCUCCGGAGAACCAAGUCCCGAAAGUCCACCACCAGCAGCAGCAGGAGCGGCUCCAGCUCCUUCUCCCCGACAAGCCCUUCCUACGAGUUUGUGUUUGCUGAUCCUUUGAAGACUCAGUUGACCUCGUCCAAUGGAAGCGUUUUCUUUGGAAACGGCUUGUCGAAAAGGCUCAGCUUUGAGAAAAGUAUGAAACAGCAAGUUGUCAACAACUCCAAGGAAUCAACCGUCAGGAGGAAUCCAGCAGCCGCUGCCUUUCAGUAUGAGAAGAGGAGUUACGCCACCCUCGGCACCAUGGCUGUCAGUCAACCCAGCACCAGCCGCAGCGAGCAUGAUCUGGCCCGGCGGCGCACCGUUGCAAAUCACUCCUCUGUGCCUCUGCAGCGAUUGCCCUCCAGCAAAGGUACCAUGAGGGCAGAGAGGCCCUCCAGUCAGUUUAUUGCCCAAGGCUCACGCCAAAGUGUGUACACCAGCAACGGCACAUUUCCGAUGAAAUCCGUGAAGCUGUUGAACAGCAGCCAGCCGGAUGGGCCCGUAACGCAUCCAUGGCCGGUGGCCCCUGAGAUCACAACCAAGACUAGAGAAGUUUUUGGGUCGAACGGGAACAGUGGCGUUGCGGACAUCACCAUGAACGAGGCUGUGUCUUGUCUCUCCAGCAACGAUGAGACGCAUCAGCACUGCGGAGCUUCCUACAUCCAGCACAACACUUUCAUCAACGACCAUGCGAAAGAGGAGGUGUUGAAACUCAACGGGAUCCCUCCUCUGGUGGCGCUGCUGCGCAGCCACAAUUCUCUGAUCAGCGAGACGGCCGCGGCCGCGCUCCGUAACCUCUCCUUCAAGAGCAACAGCAGCAAGGAGGCCAUACAUCGCAGAGGCCUCACAGAGGUCGUGGCUCUGCUCAAGGAAACCGAUUCUUUGGAUCUGCAGAAACAGCUGACAGGUCUCCUGUGGAACCUGUCGUCUGCAGACGAGCUGAAGCCCGACCUGCUGAAGAGUGCGUUGCCUGUGUUAAUGGAGCGUGUGAUCCUGCCUUACACGACAGGUCCUGACCAAACCAACAGUAACAACCAAGACCCUGAGGUCUUCUAUCACGCCACCGGGUGUCUGAGAAACCUCAGCAGUGCAAAGCAAAACCACCGACAGGUGAUGAGAAAGUGUCGAGGUCUGGUCGACUCUCUGGUCAGUUACAUUGAAGAGUGUGUGGAGGCAGGGAAACCAGAUGAUAAGUCAGUAGAAAACUGCGUGUGCAUCCUGCACAACCUGACGUUCCAGCUGGAGGCCGAGGCUGCGACUCUGUUCAGCAAAAUCACGGCUUUGUCCAAGACCCAGAACCGCAGCAGCAGCAGCAGCAGCCAGGACGACGCGGCCCCCAUCGGCUGCUUCAGUCCACAGAGCAAAGCUCCAGAACAAGAGCGCCAGUUAGACUACCCCGUGGUUGAGGAUCCGCAUCCGACCGGGGCGGGCUUGCUGUUCCACUCCAAAACCCUGCUGAGUUACCUGAACUUGCUCGACACCAGCCAGCGAGCUGACACACAGGAAGCCUGCUGUGGAGCGCUGCACAACCUCACCGCACACGAAGGCAUUGUCUCCAAAGUAAUGGGACACACCAUUGUGAAGAAGCUGAAUGGCCUGCAGGUUAUCGCUCCCCUUUUAAAGUCAGACAAAGCCAAUUUGCAGAAGAGCGCUGUGGCCCUCGUAGGAAACCUGACCAAUAACCCAGGCCUGCACAGCGCCGUUGCUCUUAAAUGUCUCCCGGAGCUGGGGGACAUCAUCAACGCCGGCACAGAGGAAGGGAACGAGUCUGAUGACACCCUGUCCAUGGUCUGUCAGGCCACUAACUGCCUGGUCAUGAAGGCACCUGACAUCGGCAAAAAGCUGUUGAACAGGACCACGAUAAACUCACUGGGAGAUCUCAGCCAAAACAACUAUUUACCCAAAACCAGCAAAGCUGCGUCGCUGUUUCUCUGCAACCUGUGGUCAGACAAAGAUCUACAAAGCUUCCUGAAAAAGCAAAGGAUGGGAAAGCCUUUAUUCUUAAAUGACUACACCAAGUCGGCACUGCAGUUGGUUCAAGAUGGACAUUAGCCGGUCGUCUUUUACCGAGGCAACUCUCCUGCACAGGUCGUACAUGCACAGGCUGAGCAGCAUCCUCUCUCAUUUCAUUUUUGGAAUCCAUGUUUCCAUAUAAUCCACGCAUCAGUCAUGAUUACACAGGCCUGUAUUUGCUGUAAGGUGACUCUCUUUAUAAGAAAACUGGUGAAGGUUGAAAACUAAAUAUACUGUCUUUGCUUGAAGAUUUGAUUUGCUUGUUUAGGUUUUAAAAGUGGAGGAAAUUGUGUGUGAUAUGGUAACAUUAGCUUGUUUUACUACAAAUAUGAGGGUGACGUCUUUAAUUUUGCACAGAAAUUGUUUUAAUAUGAUGACAGAAGAUUGUAAACUUUGUUUGAUAGAGAAUGAACACAUGGAUAAUGGAGCAUUUUGUAUUUGUAGAGCUUAUGUGGUUUCUAUAAGAGCUAUGAAUUUGCCUUGAUUUUUUUGUGUUUACAUUUGAUAAAAACAACUCUUGUUGGUGGGAUAUGCAUUUUCAUAUGUGUGAUUGGAAAGUGAUUUGCUUGUAUUGUCCCAAAAAGUGGCAAUAAAGAAAUAUGUUCUCUUUGAGCUGCAAAUGUGA